ACCAUUUCCUAAAACCCUCCCACUGUAGUUACUGUUACUAUGUGACUUAAGAUGCAGCAGAGGGUAGAAGUGAGGGAGGGGCUUCACUGAUUUGUAAUUUUUACUCUGCCAAGGAACACGGCGGAGUUAUGUGAUGAUAGGUGUUUGUCUGUCUGUUAGCAACGUUACUCAAAAACAGAGUAACAAAUUUACAUAAAAUUUUCAGGGAAGGUCAGAAAUGACACAAAGACCAACUGAUUCGAUUUUGGCAGUGAUGUGGCUUAGAGUCUGGAUCCAUGGAUUUGUUAAAGAUUUCUGUAUCAUUGUGAGAUAGCGGCCGGCACGGCGUCACUGUAACCAUGACAACAAGUGAACACUACGUCAGCUGCCUGUUGAUGAUCACAUGAUUGCGAUCCUACUACAAAUUGACCACUGCGGACUUAUCCGUUGGAAAUCAUAAAAAGAACAACUGGUUAAAUUGUGGGGGUGUUUCCGAGUCUCAUCAGUUAGUCUGGUGAGUCAGAAGUCGGACUCACCGGAUGUAGAUUCCAGGUAUAGGCCUGCCACUGGCUGCUCAUUUCAUGCAAAUUUCUCCCCUCCUUCUGUUAUCGAUUUUCAAAAUCCCUUCCUCUGGGCUAGAAACCUACCACACUGAAAAUUUCAACUGUUGCUGAACUGAUACUAUUAUGAUCGGUUUGAAGGAAUGCAAACAAACCAGAGUGGAUUUUUUUUCCUACUAUAGCAGAAUAGUAAUGAGUUUCAACCAGACCAUUCUGUCCUGCAUAAUGUCCUGGUUGUGCAAGACAACCUUAACUUGUGCUGGUAUCAUACAAAUAUUUCUGCAGGAAUCAUCAGAUAUCAGAUAUUCACAAUCCUCAUUAAACAGCCUAAAAUACAGAGUAACUGUGUGAGCUCUGCUGAAUGUAAUGGUUUUUACAAGUCUAUUUGAAAUAAGAGCCUCAUAAAAAGGUCUUAAAUAUACACACAAUGACUGAGUACAUGAGAUCAUGCACAAAGAGUGAGGCUGUAGGUAACAAGUCUUCAUUUCAUUAGCUUCAGCAACUCAGUUUUUCACAUUACAUUUUUUAAAACAGUUUUUCAAGAAAAAUUAACUGUGUUUCUGGGAAUUUCUCACCCUCAAAGACAAUCGACCUGCUCUCAGGAACUGAAACCUCUGUAAUUGUAAUGGUCAAACAAUGGCUACUUUGUGUGGACUGAAAACUACAGCACCCAUGAAAGAAAGCUGCAAGCACAGCAGCAACGCUACAUCAUCACAUCUUGGUUUUGUCCAUAUCUCACCUCCUUUAAAGUAAUAGUUUGUCUUUCUAGUGUCCACUUCAGAAAUCUGAACUAAACUGAACUAACCAUGUGCCACCAGUGAACCUCACAGUUUUAUCUCCUGUCUUCUAAAGCAUACGACUGGGAAACAGACCUUGUCAAAGGUCAUUGAGAAACAGAAAUAUUGAAUUAGCGAUGUCAUUUAAUCAUUGUUGCCAGAAACAACUUCCAUAUUAAUCUAAACACAAGUAACGGUGGAUCUGGAGAAAAGCUCUGCACAGCUGUGUCUUUAAAUAUUUGCAUACUGCAAAUGUGAAUUUAAACGAGGUAUUCCUAUUUCUUGUCCAAACUCCAUGCUUUCUCUGCAUCUCAGGUUCCAGCAGUCUAUGAAUGCAGGUGUAUCAAGAUUACACAUUACACACUGGAGGUAAUUGCGACUGACAUCAUAAGGAAAAAGGUCAAGUACAUUUUAAUGGCUACUGUGUACAACAUAUGUGAUAAAAGUAUUCCAGCAGUUGGACACUGAGCCGAUGACGUCGGCCUAUAACACAGUCACCAAGUGAAACUACUGAGGAGGUGGGAGAAGGAUAACACAACAAGGUGGCAUUUGAUUCUGUAUGAUUAAUUCAUGAAAGUUCAUUACAAUCCUUGGGGAAUGGGUUGUAAUCUGAAACGCCCAUAUGACACGUGCAGACAUAUACCCUCGUGCAACACUGUCCCACUUAAGUUAAACUGUACAGUGAGAUGUCACUCAAAUACCCCUUUUCAGUCAAAGUUGUGACACUAAUGCACGCUUUAUUAUGAUCUGAAAGCAACAGAUGACCUUCUUUCAACCUGCAUCCAGACAAGAGAUCAGGACCUAAAACUAACAAAACCAUUGCCUUCUGUGUGGUAAUGAGAGGUAGAACUGAGGAUCAAGAUAAGGAUGAGAAAGACACAGAGUGGGCGGUUCUGGUAAUGCAAAAGCACUAGAGCAAUGAAAUAAUGAUGAGCAUGACCAGAGACUAGCUUGAGUUACGUCCUGUGCAGUCUAAAUGUAUUGGCUUAGCUAGAGCGAUGGAGAAGGAAGGUUAGAAGGAGGAACGCUGCAAGACUUGACACAAGAUUUGACUGAAGGACAGUGAGGAGUCACAGAUGUAGAUGAUGAUAAUCGCACCCCGUCUGAGGUGACCACAAGUGUCAGUAGUGAUGACGUCAGCGGUGGUUGGACCUACGACUGGAGUCUGGUCCACAGCCUGAGUCCUGAGUGGGAACUUAAUAUCGGUGACACUGACAUACAAUCCAGCUCUCCAAAUCAGUGGAACUGUUCAGAGAGAAGCAGAUCCCUCAGCUCAGACUGUGUGGCCCAAAGAGAAAUGACACGCCUGGACCAAUCUCCUCCCCGAGGCACCGAAAGCUCCUGGAUGGAUGAAAGGAGGGGAAGGGACAGGUCUCGCCGACCAUCAGAGUCCAGAGGAGACAGGGGUCAAGAGAGCGGCUACUUCUCUCCAGACAGAAGAGGUGAUGGUGAGCGGCAGAUGGAGGAGGUCAACAAACGGCAAUAUCGUUACUACGAGAGAGGACAUCCCCUCCCAAGCAACUAUGUUCCUGAACCCAAAGCCUGCGUCCCCUAUAGGAACGUCAGCCUCGGAUUGCCCUCCCAGAGAAGAAACCCUGAGACAUACAUGCAGGAAACUUGGAGAAGUGAAUCUCCACAGAGGUACACGUACCACUCCAACUUCAGACGAGGAGCUGACUCAGAGAGAAAUUCUCCAACCCGCCACAGCUCUGUGAGCCCAGACCGCUACAAGAUACCUGAAACACCUGCAGGCCCUCGGAGAGGAAGCUCCCUCUCCAGGACUCAGGCUCGGUCUCAUGCCUCAUCUCAUGGUUCCUCUCAGCUUCCAUCACAUGGUCCUUCUCACCAUACAUCAGGCAGGUCCAGUCCGUCCCGUAGGAGGGGGUCCAUUGCCUCUCGCGCCAGCUCACCCUUUAGGGCCACCCCUUCCCAUAGGCGUACAGACUCUUUACUUUUGCAGAAUGGGGAAUAUGAUGCUCAAAAGGGAUGCAGCCGAGAGCUGAGGAGUCCAUCUCAAGCUUCAAACAGGCACAGUUUGGACUCUGAGAAACUGUACAGAAAUCUGGAGUCGAUCUCCCGCCGUGGCUCUUCAGCUGUUCAGCAAAACUCCUGUGAAGGAUCUCAAGCAUCACCGCGUACCAGAACAUCCGUCAACAGCGUGGCCAACACUCGAACUCGCAACAGCCGAGAAGUAUCACCGUCCAGGAAUGGCUACAGCACCCACAGCCACACCCCACAGAGGGAUUCCUACUCCAGAGACAGCAGACCGAGUCCUUCUCAAGCCUCCUGGCAGGGGUCAGCACAUUCCUUACUCAGCCUUCCAGCUUCACCCGGUUCCUCUUCAUCGAGACGAGGUGCAGACUCUCAACUCCUCGGUGGAUCGCUGUCACACGUUGCAGUCACAGAAACUGAUAAGGGCAAUGAGGGGAACAAUACGGUCAGUGGUGACAGAAGCAGGAGCAACAUGAGGAGAGGCAUGGAUGCCCUGCUGAUCUCUGAACCCAAAAAGGCUGCAGUAGAAGCUGAGGAGGUGGGGAUGACCAUGGAGGACUAUAUAGUGCUGGCGGAUAUCCCAACAAUCCAGCUGGAGUCAGAAGAAGAGUUUCCGGGACUGAGGCGGAGGAACCAGAGUCCCAGUCCAUGUAGGGAUCCGAGACUCAGGACAUACAGGUAUCAAGAUGAAACAAACAUCUACAGCUCAAGGCUUGAGCAAGACGACAGAGGGAGAGUCAGAGAGAGAGGGAGAGAUAGGAGAGAGAAAUGUCGAGAGUCUGAGAACGGACCAUCAUCUCGAAGACAGUCAACAUCAUCUCUUCAUGCACAGAGCUCAGAUAAUCAGAGUGGAAAACACCGAUCUUCCAGGGUGAAGGAACGAGCUCGUCCUGGACGCCCGCAGACUCAGGGAUGGAUGUCCAGACUGGAUGAGCAUGGCAAGUGGAGGAAACACUGGUUUGUUCUGAAUGAUACUUGGCUGAGGUUUUACAGAGAUUCAGAGGCUGAGGAGUCAGAUGAUGUGGACGGAGAGAUCGACUUGACAUCCUGUGUGAAUGUGUCAGACUGUGACGUGGAAAAGAACUAUGGACUCCAAAUACAAACAAAAAGAGCAGUGUUCACUCUCUCUGCUAUGACGUCCAGAAUUCGGCGGAACUGGGUGAAGUUACUAAAGGAGGCGAUCCAGAACAACACACACCAAUCAGACAGCGGCAGCGAGAAAGAGGACCCCCUCUCCCACAGACCGUCGUCAUGCCAACCCCCUGCUCGGUUCACCUGCAAGGACUCCGGCUGUGAACCUGCCACAUCCACCUCCACCACCGCCACAGCUGCUAACCAGGCAGACCACCAGACGGUAGACGGAGAUCUGGGUGCAGACUUAUCUCCAGCCAGUCACAGGGAAGAAGGGGAGGGCUGGGACCGGGAGCAGGCGAAGCGACUGGAGGAGAGGAACAAGUGGUUUGAGAAGGGCGUCCCAUUUACCGAGAUGGGCAGCAGGUGGGACUCCAUGGAGCUGAAAAAGGGGAGUGUGCCUGUGCCUGUUAUUGAAACCAUGGACUCUAAGGUCAACAGAAAGUGGGCAGAAAUUGAGACGAUGUCAUUUAGGGACAUGAGUGUGCAGACUCUCAUUGGAGCCCAGGUUUAUCAGUCAAGCACUCAGCAGGCGUCAGAGUCUCUAGUUAGUCCACAGACUUAUCACUCAAGCCCUGAAGAGGCUGACCAAGCCGUCACCGUUUCACAAACCAGUAUAUCGAGCUCAAAGGAAGUUCCUCCAUCCAUAAAUGGUGCCCAAAUCAUUCAAACUAACACAGCUGAGGCUCUUCAAAAGGAGGCCGUCUCCCUCCGAGAGCAGGUGGAGAGCAUUAAAAGAGAGCGUGCAGCCAUGGGCAUAGAGGUGGACAGUCCCUGUGGCCCCGGGGCCCCCUGUAGGGCCAAACUAGAGGCCAUGGAAGUGGCCCAUAGAAAAGCACUGCAACAGCUGCAGGAGAAACAUGCGAAGGAGGUGAAGGAGCUGCAGGAGCAGAGAGACAGGAUGGUGCAGGAGGAGAGUCAGGCAGCUGCUAAAGCUAUGGAGGCGCUACGAGCAGCUCACAGAGGGGAACUAGACAGAGAACUGGAAAAGGCCACGAGGUUGUCUGGAGGAGCAGCUCACGUGGAUUCUUCAUACAGAGGACACGUGCCCCAGGCGGACCUCUUACACGGCGAGUUAGAUAUGCUGUCAGAACGCUACUCCCAGAAGUGCCUGGAGCUGAGUCGCACUGAGCAGAGCAGCAAGAGCCGAGAGACCGAGCUCAGCUACAAGGAGAAAGAGCUGGAGCAGCUCCGAAGAGAGAACAAGGAGCUUAAGGCCAAGCUGGCGGAGGAGAUCAGCCGUAUGCGCUAUUUCAUCACAGGUCAAAGGUCGGAUGUGGCAUCCCUUUGCAACACAGAGCGCACAGCUUCAGAAUUAGAGACACUGUUAAGAGCAAAAGAAAACGAGGUUCAAUAUCUUAAAAAAGAAAUCAGCUGUCUACAGAAUGAAAUGCAAUCUCUUAUCAAGGAGAAGGAAGCAGCUUAUGAGCGUUAUAAGGAGGCCUAUGUGGAGCUGAGUGACACGAGGGGUCGUAGCCAGUUGGAGAUGGGCUCCCUCAACGAACACUUGAGACUGGCCAACGCUGCACUUCAGGAGGGAGCGAGACAGACUUGACCAAUGAGGACAACCCUUUGAAGACAGCAAGCCAAUAUAAAGUAUAU